AUGUUUUCACGAACUCACUUUGACUCAUCUGAUAAAUUUACAAUCGGCACAGAUUCAAACAUCCGUGUGAGAAACGAGAAAUAUUUAGAAAGCAUUAGCCAAGAGUUCGUUCAAGAAAUUUUUAAUAGUUUACCAAAGAAACAUGAUGAAAAAAACUUUAAUCAUUUUAAAACUUAUCUGAAAUUAAUCGGAAUUAACAUUGAUCUCCAUGUUGAUAUGUUUCCUUCAGUCGAUCCAAUUAAUUAUAUCAAAAAUGAAUUUUCAUAUGUUUUCAUUUACAAUUCCGAAGAUAUCAAAGCAUACUAUUGCAAUCCCGAUAAAAGCAAGCCACAAAUAUACAUUAUUUCUCAAAAAACAUAUAUUCAAAUUCCACGAACUUGCACAAUAACAAAAGUUAUAGAAGAAUCAACAGAAAAAAUAAGUGAAUACAAUAUGCUGACUUUCCAAGUUGAAGACGAUAAAAUCUAUCCGUUGCCAUUAGAAGAUUUCAACAUACUAAAAGAUUUUCCAAAGUACGAAAAGAUUAAUAUGGAACUUUCUCCUGUUGUUUUCAUAACACCAAAAGUGAAAUCUACUGUUAUUCUGAAAGAAGAAAUAAAAGAAAACGACGGACAUGUAAAGAAAUUUCUUAGUUUAGAGCUUUCAUUAUCACAAGGACUAAAGCAAGAAGCCAAAAAAAAGAUAAUUAAGCAUUUCUUAGAGUUAUUAGAAAGUGUAACACAUGAAGAAAAAAGUGUAACAUAUGAAGAAAAAAGUGACACAUAUGAAGAAAAAAGUGACACAUAUGAAGAAAAAAGUGACAGUAUAUUCGAAUUAUUUCCCAAUUUAAAGAAAUCAAUAGAAGAAGCGAACAAAAAGAUCCAAUCCGAUCAGAAACAAGGAUUAAAAUGGAACAUUAUUAAUGAAAAACAAUUUGGACCUUUCAAAUUCAAGACCAUCUAUGAUUUUUAUAAUUAUUAUGAGAGAAAUAGAAUUCUUAAUCCUUAUUUCUAUCUGUUAUUUGAUCAAUAUGAUAAACAAGGAAACAGCAGUACAGUACCAAUCGAAUUGAUUAAAAUCACGUACGAUCUAUGGUAUCAUGCCGAGAAGAAUCCAGAUAAUCAAAUGAUUACAUGGAGAAGAGAUUUGUUCGGAAAAGAAUCAUUAAUUAAGUUACUUGAAUCAAGUAACAAGAUUUACUUGAAUAAUUUGAAAUUGGCAUACGAAUAUUGCUACAAUAACCAUAUUCCUGCAACAGGAUUUGUUUCACUUAUUUAUCAAUUAGAAGGAACAAGUAAUAGUUUCGAACCCGAAAUUUUCAAUAACAUCAGUGAUUUCUAUGUCAAAUUAUUAUAUGAUCGUCUCAAAGUUCCAAAAAAUGACAAAUCUAACAAUCCUGACAUGGGUUUCCAUGUCAAAUCAAUUUCGGUUAUGUCAGACAACUCAAUUCAGGUUAGAUUUGUCACAUCCUUGGCUCCAACUGGCCAAAACUCUUAUGUUUUUUCAAAUGGAUAUACUUUGAAAUACAUACAGCAGGAUUUUAGAGUUUACGAUGCUAGAGAACUUGAUGAUGAUCAGAUGUUUAUCCUUUUGGAGCAUACAAAAACAUCAAGAGUUUAUUUGCUUUUGGUCAAAACAAAUUACGAAGAAAUUUUCCCAGUAAGAGACAGAAGUGGAGUUGUUCCGGUUCUUGAAGAUUUACCAAAAACUUAUGAUAUUGAAAAAAUUAAUGUUGACAAACAGAACAAAAUUUUGGAAAUUCAGUCUAAAAAUGGAAAUUAUUAUUACAAGGCUUAUUCAUCAUAUAUCAUACCUUAUGGAGAUGAUCGGGUAUAUAAUGACGACAAAGAAUCAACUUACGAGAGAGACGCACCCAACGAACAAACAAAUAAAUAUGAUGGUAAAGAUGUUCCACUUAAACAGAUGUUUUACUCUUUCCUUUCAUCACCGAUGUUAUGGUAUGAUCUUUCCAAAAUUAAUGUUGAUUGUGGAAGCAUAUUGGAGAAAACCAAGAAAAUGUUCCCAUGCUUGGUUUUGACAAAGUAUUACAGCCAGGAUAGAGCUUCUUCUAUCACUUUUGUUGACAUGCAAGGUAAAAACGGAGUUCCCAUGUUAAAGGAUAUAACUAAUUUACCUUUUGUCGAAACAAAACCAGGAAUAGCGUUCGUUGCUUGCAAACACGAAGUUGAUGAAAAAUUUGUAUUAAAUACUCCAAUUUUGUAUUUAUCAGAGCCGAUCAGCAACUCAGCUAUGAUAACAGCUUAUACAAUCUUCUGCGCUCUUCCCUCUGCAAAUGUUGUUAUAUUUAAUUUCUUCGAUGCAGACAUGUUCUUGGAAGGAUUCGAAAUUUUUGUUGAGAACUUCGAGGAAUGGAAUAAGAUGAAUAAUCUCUACCAAUAUUUCCUUACAAACAAAGAAGACAUGAACAGUCCACCAAUCAUCGUCUUCAAUGGAAUGUUUGCUUCAAAGAAAGCUUUCUUCGAGAGAAUUAAAUCCAUCGCCUCCAAUAACCAGAAUUACAGUGAUAAAUUAUUAUAUAUUAUGUCUAAUUGCUACUUCGAAUACAGAGAAGUCGUUGCAACAAUGACAACAGAAAAGGUACUCAGCUCCAUCAUUAAUUCAGGAGCUGCUUUCGCUGAUAUGGCUAUCCAUAUAUUAUAA